UAGUUUUAAACGAUCACACUGCAUUUGGAUUACUGCUUGGAUAAGGAUAAACAUCAUCUCUACAAACUCAUCUCUACAAACUCAUCUCGACAUCUCUACAAACUCAUCUCUACAAACUCAUCUCGACAUCUCUACGAACAGCGACUCCCGACGAAGGACUUCUGACACAGCGAUGGACUUCCGAGGAUUUCUGCGGCACCUGAACGGCUGGACCCUGCGUGAGAUCGCCUGUGCUGCGGGUCUGGUCACUUUCUCUGCCGGUGCGGGUUACUGCAUUUACCGCAUCCUACAGAGAGAAAGAGCUCCUCCUGACCACACUCAGUCAACUCAAGAGCCUGUGGAUGUGCUGGAGGAAUCAACAGAUACUCCCUCUGUCCUCCAGGUCGUUGAGCCAAUCCUGCAGCUGCUGCCCACCAAACCACACAACGAACCUUCAGCUGUCAUUCUGCCACUCGAUGCUGAUGAGCCGGACAGUGCCUGCCUCGAUCUACAGUGCGUGUCUGCAGUCUCCUCCCUCUCCCAGCCAGUGGACAUUAGCAUUGGAAUGAUGAGGGGUCCAGAGAGUCGGCUCUGCUGGUUUGAAACCGCAGAGACUCACUGCUUGACUCACGAGGGAUUCCCUUAUUACACCAGUGAUGAGGAGAUUUUCACUGGCAUUCAGUUUGUUGAGCCAAACAUCCAGCUGCUGCCAACCGAAGAACACCAAGACCCUUCACCUGUCUUUCUGCCGCUCGAUGCUGGUGAGCUGAUUAGCGCUUGCCGUAAUAUUCAGUUCCUCUCUGCAGAGCCCUCCAUCUCCCAGUUUAAGUCAGUGGAAAUCAAGACAUACUUCCUGGGGAUGAUAAGGGGCCCACAGAGCCGUCUUUGUUGGUUUAAAACCACCAAGACCAGCAGCUUGAAUCACAUGGGAUUCCCUUAUGAAAGCUCCAUAGAAGACUGCUUCACUGGCAUACAGGCUGAAUCUGGGAGGGUUACAGAGUUCAUCUCCUGUAACCGAAUGGAGACAUCAUUCGUCGUGCCACAUUAUUUUGUGCAAACCAUUACAGCAGUAACCUGCACUUUGCUGUAUGUGGCUGAAGAUGGACAGAUGUUCACCUCCACUUGGGAGUAUGAUUACAACGACUGUGAGGAGAGUGAGGAGCGCCUUAACCCAGAGGAGUUGGAGGUGCCCUUUAUUUGCUGCCAUCUUUCAGACAGAGGGGUGACUGAAAUCGGCCUGAAGGUGCCCAUUUUGCUGAUAUAG